CCCGCCGCGCCCGCCGCGGGGGCGGUGCCGGUGCGGCUGCUGUACCUGUACAGCGUGCCGGCGCUGCUGCUGCUGUGCGCCGCCUCGGUGGCGGUGAACGCGCGCGUGCUGGUGGCUGCGCGCUGGCUGCGCCGGCCCCUCUCGCCCACGCUGCGCAUCAGCCUCAGCCUGGCCGCCGCCGACGCCUUCGCCUCCACCAUGUUCGCCGCCGGCCUCCUGCUCAACAGUCUGCUCAAGGCCGCCGCCCACCAGCAGGUGAACGAAUGCUUGCUGCUGACGGUGGAGGCCCUGCGUCUUUCUGGCAUCAUCGCGACGGUGGCGCACCUGCUGGCGCUGGCAACGAACCACUACCUGGGCAUCCUGCGGCCGCUGCACUACCCGGCCAUCAUGACUCCCCGCAACACGUCCGCCAGCAUAGUCGUCCUAUGGCUGCUGCCCGCAGCAUUCUUCUUCGGUUACUUCUCGCUGGUACCAGGGCAGGGCUUCCAGUGUCCGGGCUGUUGCGCAGAGUUCCUGUACUUCUCGAAGUUCCGGCUGACGUUCUCGUCGCUGUUCUUCGUGCCGCUGGUGGCGAUGGCGUUCAUCUACGCGCGCAUCUUCGUGGUGGUGCGCCGCCACCAGGCGGGCCGGCUGCGCUACGCGCCCAGGAGCAGCGUGCCCGGCGCCACCAGCAGCGGCGGCUCGGCGCAGCAGGCGCCCGACGCCGAGCAGCUGCACCUGCGACGGCAGAGCGCCAUGGCGCGCUCCGUCAAGACGGUGCACACGACGCUGCGCAUCCUCGUCUCCUACCUGCUGGGCCUCAUCCCGGCCGUGCUGGUGUUCGUGCUCGUCUGCGACGACUGCCCAGCGCCGCUGCCGCGCUCCGAGCCGCAGCACUUCCGCAUGUUCUUCCUCUUCACGACCGUCAACCUCGCCGUCAUCCUCAAGACGCUCGUCAACCCCUUCAUCUACGCGUCCAGAAUGCACGAGAUUAAGGUGGCGAUGCAGCGAAUGUCGUGGAGCUGCCGCGCUGCCUGCUGGUCCGCGGAGGCGCCGCCCCCGGCGCGGCCCACGGUGGCCGUCACCGCCGCCUCCAACGGCAGCCAGCUGCACGACGGCCUCUUGCUGCGCCGCCCCACGCUGUCUCCGCGGCCCUUCACCACCACCCUGUGAGGGCAGCCGCCUUCCGAGCCGACACAUCUCUGCGUGUGAGCGACACCGGGUGUGUACCCGAUCUCGCCGCCCACCUGCCUUCUUUUCAGAAACGGUUGGCUUCCACAAACCAACGUGACUUGUGUGGUCGUUACUAAGUGCCACUAUGAUGUCGACAGUAUUUAAACUCCACUACGUAGCUGAAGCACGGAACACACCCUCGUUUAGGGAUCUGUCGGUGAAACAUUUGUCGCCAGUACAGUUUAAGUUGGCGGACCUACUCCCUAGCCCUGAAUCGAUAGAAGCGGGUGGACGUUAGUCAUUUGAUUUUGGCUGCAGCCCAGCUUUACUUGUUGACAAUGGUGUGUGUUGUUGGUUGCUGUGCUAUACCACAGAGUAACGCUUAUACAGACCGGAAACUCGGCUGCAGGUCAUGCUCCAAAAUUUAUUGUGGUGGCACGAAGUCUACCAUAUUGAAAAUGAAUAAGUAGCUGCAGCUGCGACUGAAGCUAUAGGCAAAUGGAAAAGUUUUGUUUAUUUUAUUAGUUGUGCGUUUUAGUUGCUGGGAUUGCCUCAAAGUAAAAAGUUAUUUGUGCUCUUUAAGUUAGAAAUAGAUCAUGAGCGGCAGUAAGAGGAAAGAACAUACAAGAAAGAAACAAUCGGCUCUCACAAAACGACUGAUGGAAGUACACGAGCCGGCCGCGGUGGCCGAGUGGUUUUAGGCGCUUCAGUCUCGAACCGCGCGAUCGCUACGGUCGCAGGUUCGAAUCCUGCCUCGGGCAUGGAUGUGUGUGAUGUCCUGAGGCUAGUUAGGUUUAAGUAGUUCGAAGUUCUAGGGGAUUGAUGACCUUAGAAGUUAAGUCGCAUAGUGCUCAGAGCCAUUUGAACCAAUCAUCAAGACAUUCCGCAACAACUGAAAGAUAAAGGAAAACCUGAAACACAUCUCAUAUUUUGGACAAGGCUGGAAAAACGUGUCAUCAUGACACUAAUCAGUUGUCAUUUGUUA